AUGGGGAAUGAUCAAAGAUGUGAUUCCGCUAUAUCAGCAGUCAACAGCGAUGCCUCAGAGACUCGAUUUGAGUCUGAUGAGAUCGAGGACUUCCGAUCGGAUCGACAGCCGGGGAAGGAUGCAAGUCUCAAACGUCCUCUACGACUGUCCAAUGCACACAGACGUCGAGUUUCAGAAGCCUCGAUCAAUGGCAAGAGUACGAACAGCGGACCUGUCAAAUCAGGCAAGCCGACAGACGCUUCGAGCUCGAAUACGUCCACAGUGGUGGCCGAUUUUGACGUCUCCUUCGAUUUUUCUCCGACUGAAUAUGGCAGCGCAACCACACCCUUAUUUUCUCCAACAGAAGUGAACUGCAUCUGUUGCGGUAUACCACACCCUCCCCUCUCGCACGAUGACCAGUUCCCCGAGAAAUGCUGGGAGCAUCAAGCCUGCCUAGCAAGAGGGGGAUGGAAGAAACAUCUUGAACGCGUUCCGCAUACGAGGUGUCCUCUUUCUGAUUGUGUCAAAGCCGGGGCAGACUUUAAGACGCAGGAGAAGUUCUUACAGCAUUGGUUCAAGAGGCAUGAUGAGAAGUGCUGGUAUUGGGGAAAGAAGAAAGGGUUCUUUGGAAGUGAAACGGCUGUGUGGCUGCAAUGGAAGGGGCGCUGA